AUGGGAAAGAAGGAUGCUGGAGUGAAGAUUCAUGUUCGUGACAAGGACAAUUACUUUCACUGGAAAAUGACAAACUUGGAUCGAAGUUGGAUUAGUAAUCAAGUGCAAAGUGAUAAAAUUUCCUUAACUCCGGAAUAUAGGAAUGGUGUAGAAACUUUUUUAAAAUUUGCAAGUGAAAAUGGAAUGGGAGAAGAUGGUACAAUGAAGUGUCCUUGUAAACGUUGUAGGAAUUUGAAUUGGUUAAGUAUCGAUGAUGUUAGAUUCCAUUUACUUGCUAAGGGGAUGCUUGAGGGUUAUACCGUUUGGACAUCACAUGGUGAAGAAAGAGGAAGAAAACGUAGUCGAACAUCGCAUAAUCGUUAUUGUGUUCGGGAACCUACGAGGGUAGAACAACCGGUAGAUUUGAAUGCGAUGCUACAUGAUUUUGCCGGUGAAAAUUCCGAAUUUUAUAACAACGUGGAUACGGGAACUAGGAAUGUAGAAGAAGUUCCAAAUGAUAGUGCAAGAAAAUUGUAUGAGGUGAUUGUUGAAAAUGGAGCACCUAUUUAUCCCGGUAAUACGAAGUAUACAAGAUUAAGCUUUACCACAAAAUUGUUAGAAUUCAAGAAUAUCUCACAUUGUAGUAAUAAGGCUUUUGAUAGUUUGCUUACACUUUUUGCGGAUGUAUUACCAAAAAAACACACGUUGCCCCAAACUUAUUAUGAAAUGAAGAAGAUAAUGAAGGGUUUGAGGGUUGAAUAUCAAAAGAUUGAUUUAUGUGAGAAUGAUUGUAUGUUAUUUUAUGGAGAUGACAAGGAUAAAGUUGUGUGUGAUAUAUGUGGUAAAGAUCGUUAUCGGGAUGUUUUGAGGAAAGAUGGUAAAAAAAUACCAAAAAAAAUAUUGAGACAUUUUCCUUUGAUUCCUCGACUACAACGCUUGUAUAUGUCAAAACAUACAUCCGACCAUAUGAGAUGGUACAAGAAUCGAGAUGUCAAAGAUGGAGAAAUUAGUCAUCCCGCGGACGGAGAAGAGUGGAAAAAUUUUGAUCGUCGAUAUCCAUCAUUUGCUCAAGAUAUUCGUAAUAUAAGGCUUGGCCUUGCAACCGACGGUUUCAACCCAUUUGGCCCUACCGGGAAAAAAACAUAUAGUGUGUGGCCCAUAGUAGUAGUUGUCUAUAAUCUUCCGCCAUCAAUGUGUAUGAAAAAACCCUAUAUGUUUAUGACCGAUAUAGUGUUGGGUCCGAAUAGCAUUGGUAAAGAUAUUAACGUUUGUCUAAGGCCUCUCAUUGAUGAAUUGAAGAUAUUGUGGAAUACGGGAAUUGAAACAUAUGAUCAAUCUUCGAAACAAAAUUUUACAAUGAGAGCGGCUCUUAUGUGGACAAUUAGUGAUUAUCCCGCUAUGAGUAUGAUAAGUGGAUGUUUCUAUGGCACGAACCGAAUAUUCCUUGAACCAAAUGAUCCAUUACGUCGGAAAAGUAAUUUGUUUGAUAAUGCGGAAAGAAGAUUGUUUCGUGGUCGUUUGUCCGGGGAGGGUGUAAAGGAGUUGCUUGACGGUUUAGUUUUUCCACCACCCGGAAAGACUAAUGCAAAGGCGAGGAGUAUCGGAUAUGGGGAAGAGCAUCAUUGGACUCAUGUUCCAAUUUUUUAUGAACUCCCUUAUUGGUCUUCACAUAAUUUACGAUAUUCAAUUGAUAUCAUGCAUACGGAAAAAAAUGUGUUCGAGAACAUAUUUUUUACUAUUGUGAAUGCGAAAAAGUCAAAGGAUCACAAAAAAGCAAGAGCGGAUUGCAAGCACUUUGGUGUGUUACCUCAUUUGUGGAUCGAUGAAAAUGGCAAGUCACCCAAAGCACCUUUUUCCAUUACAAGAAAGCAACGUAAACUUUUGUGCCAAUGGAUUAGUUCACUGAAACUUCCAGACGGUUAUUCCUCAAAUAUAUCUCGUUGUUGUAAUGUUGAGGAGUGUACAUUUUAUGGAUUCAAAUCGCAUGAUUGUCAUAUAUUUCUUCAAAAAUUAUUGCCUCUUGCAAUUCGUGAGCUUUUACCGGCGCCUAUUGCGGAUGCCAUCACGGCAAUUGCGAAUUUUUUUCAAGAUUUAUGCUCAUCCACGGUUACAAAAACCGAUUUGGAAAUAAUGGAAAAAUCGGUUGUAAAGGCAUUGUGUUUGUUGGAAACAAUUUUUCCUCAAAGUUGGUUUGAUUCGAUGGAACACUUGGUUGUGCAUUUGGCGGAGGAAAUAAGACUUGCUGGACCUGCUUACUGGCAUUGGAUGUAUCCAAUUGAGCGUUUAUUGGGGAAACUAAAACAAAAGGUCGGUAAUAAAGCAAGAGUUGAGGGUUCGAUUGCCGAACGAUAUAUGGAGGAGGAGAUUGUCAAUAUUUGUUCUUUUUACUUUGCAUCCGACUCGAUUCACAAUAAAUUAAGUCGUAACGAAGUUUUGUUUGAUGUACAAAAGACCGAUAAAUUAGAAGUUUUUAAAUAUCCAUGUGAAUCUCUUGGAAAAGAACGAAGUCGAUAUUUGAAUGAUGAUGAGCAAUCAUUAGCCGAUGAAUAUGUUCUUCUAAACUCUCCUGAAGUUCAACCUUAUCUAAGGAGGUACCAAGAUCGAGUUAUGAGACAACGUCCUCAGACAACGCCUCAACAAUUAGAUCGUAUUGUGAAAACUCGAUUCAAAGAUUGGUUUAAGAAAAAGGUUGAGAAAGACGAGAUAGACGGACCUCGUUUCAUGGACUUGCUAGAAGGACCGGCAUUAAAGGUCAUGACUUUUGAAUCUUGUCAAGUUAAUGGAUAUAAAUUUUCAACAUCAUCCGCAUCCGGUUCCGGUGUUGUAGUUAAGGGAACUUUGCAUGAAAAUAAUCUUGAUUAUUAUGAUGAUGAUGAUGAAGAAGACGAAUUGCGAGAUGAUGAAAAUGAAGAUGAUGAUGAUGAUGAUGAGCACAAUGAAGAAGAGGAAGAUGAUGAUGAAGAUGAUGAUGAUCAUGAAGAUGAUGAUGAAGAUGAUGACGGUUUUGAUGACUUUCAAUGA